CCCGUCACCCCCAUGAUGAUCGAGGAGGAGGCCGCCCUGCGCAACGGCAGCCGGGGGCUACCGCCGGGCCCCUGGGCCGAAGCGGCGGGGCCGAGACCCCGCACCACGGAACGGCACAUCGCCGUGCACAAGCGGCUGGUGCUGGGUUUCGCCGUCUCCAUCCUGGCGCUGCUGGCGGUGACCAUGAUCGCCGUGCUGCUCAGCGUCCGCUUCGAGGAGUGCGGCGCUGCCGCCGACGGCCCGCCGCGGGAGGCGCGGGGCGGGGAAGCGGCGGAGGAAGAGGAGGAGGAGGAGGAGGAGGAGGAGGAGUGGCAGCGGCGGCGGGAGCUGCCGCCCUGGGCCCGGCCGCGGUUACCGCGGCACCUGCGGCCGCUGCACUACAACCUGAUGCUGAGCGCCUUCAUGGAGAACUUCACCUUCAGCGGGGAGGUGAACGUGCAGCUGGAGGUGCACAACGCCAGCCGCUACAUCGUGCUGCACGCCCACCGCAUGCACAUCGAGGCGGUCCGCGUCGCCGAGGACAAGCUGGCCGGCGGCGUGCGGGUGGCCCGCUCCUUCCUCUACCCCCAGACCCAGGUCUUCGUCGUCGUCCUCAACCGCAGCCUGGAGGCGCAGAGAAGUUACAACCUCAAGAUCAUCUACAACGCCCUCAUCGAGAACGAGCUGCUGGGCUUCUUCCGCAGCUCCUACGUCCUCCACGGCGAGAGAAGGUUUCUUGGUGUUACGCAGUUUUCUCCUACUCAUGCCAGAAAAGCCUUUCCUUGCUUUGAUGAGCCCAUCUACAAGGCCACUUUCAAAAUCAGCAUCAGGCAUCAAGCAACUUACUUAUCUUUGUCCAACAUGCCAGUUGAAACUUCUGUUUUUGAAGAAGAUGGAUGGGUUACAGAUCACUUUUCACAGACCCCUCUCAUGUCCACGUAUUACCUAGCUUGGGCAGUGUGCAAUUUUACAUACCGUGAAACUGUCACCAAGAGUGGAGUAGUUGUACGGUUAUAUGCAAGGCCUGAUGCAAUCCGAAGAGGAUCGGGGGACUAUGCUCUAAAUAUUACAAGGAGACUCAUUGAAUUUUAUGAAGAUUAUUUUAAAGUGCCGUAUUCCCUGCCAAAAUUAGAUCUGUUAGCUGUGCCUAAGCACCCAUAUGCUGCUAUGGAGAACUGGGGACUGAGUGUUUUUGUGGAGCAAAGGAUACUGCUAGACCCAAGCAUUUCUUCUAUAUCAUACCUGCUGGAUGUCACCAUGGUCAUUGUGCAUGAGCUAUGUCAUCAGUGGUUUGGUGACCUUGUGACUCCAGUUUGGUGGGAGGAUGUGUGGCUGAAAGAAGGUUUUGCUCACUAUUUUGAAUUUGUUGGGACAGACUACCUCUACCCAGGGUGGAACAUGGAAAAGCAGAGAUUUCUGACAGAUGUCCUACAUGAAGUGAUGUUGCUGGAUGGUUUAGCCAGUUCACAUCCAGUAUCCCAGGAGGUGCAGCAAGCCACUGACAUUGACAGGGUGUUUGACUGGAUCGCCUAUAAAAAGGGUGCAGCUCUAAUUCGAAUGUUGGCUAACUUUAUGGGUCACUCUGUGUUUCAAAUGGGCUUACAAGACUAUUUAACCAUUCACAAGUAUGGCAAUGCAGCCAGAAAUGAUCUCUGGAACACAUUGUCAAAGGCUUUAAAAAGGGUUGGAAAAUCUGUAAAUAUCCGAGAAGUAAUGGAUCAGUGGACACUACAGAUGGGUUAUCCUGUUAUCACUAUCUUGGGAAAUGAAACUACAGACAAUGUCAUAGUGAUCUCCCAAGAGCGUUUUGUUUAUGAUAGUGAUGCUAAACCCAAGGAUCCUUCCCUUGGAGACAGCAGCUACUUGUGGCAGAUUCCAUUAACAAUUGCAGUAGGAAAUACGAGCCACAUCUCAUCAGAGGCAAUUAUAUGGGUGUCUAACAAAUCAGAACGCCACAGAAUUCCUGCUUUAGAAGAGGCAAGUUGGUUGCUGGGGAACAUCAACCAGACUGGCUAUUUUAGAGUUAAUUAUGAUAUUAGGAAUUGGAGGCUGCUAAUUAAUCAGCUAACGAGGAACCAUGAGGUUAUCUCUGUCAGUAAUCGAGCAGGCUUGAUCGAUGAUGCAUUCAAUCUAGCCAGAGCUGGUUAUUUGCCUCAGAAUAUUCCUUUGGAGAUUAUCAGAUACCUUUCAGAGGAGAAGGAUUUUCUGCCUUGGCAUGCUGCCAGCCGAGCUCUUUAUCCUCUAGAUAAGUUGUUGGACCGCACAGAAAGCUACAACAUCUUCAAUGAGUAUAUUUUAAGACAAGUUGCAUCAAUGUAUCUCAAGCUUGGAUGGCCAACGAAUAAUUUAAACAAAUCGCUUGUUCAAGCAUCAUACCAACAUGAAGAGUUGCGUCGGGAAGUCAUCAUGUUGGCCUGCAGCUUCGGUAACAAACACUGUCACCAGCAGGCUGCGACGUUGAUCUCAGACUGGAUUUCUAGCAAUAGGAACCGAAUCCCGCUCAACGUGAGGGACAUUGUCUACUGUACAGGAGUUUCACUGAUGGAUGAAGAUGUAUGGGAGUUCAUUUGGAUGAAAUUUCAUUCUACCACAGCAGUGUCUGAGAAGAAAAUAUUACUAGAAGCCUUAACUUGCAGUGAUGACAGAAACUUGCUCAAUAGGCUUUUGAAUUUGUCUCUCAACUCAGAAGUUGUCCUGGAUCAGGAUGCAAUUGAUGUGAUAAUCCACGUAGCUCGAAAUCCACAUGGAAGGGAUCUUGCUUGGAAGUUUUUCAGAGAAAAAUGGAAAAUAUUAAAUGCUAGGUACGGAGAAGCAUUAUUUAUGAAUUCGAAGCUUAUCAGUGGGGUCACAGAAUUCCUCAAUACCGAAGAAGAACUAAGAGAGCUAAAGAACUUUAUAAGGAGUUACGAAGAGGGAGCUGCUGCCUCUUUCUCUCGCGCCGUGGAAACAGUAGAAGCCAAUGUGCGGUGGCAAAGGCUUUAUAAGGAAGAACUAUUCCAGUGGCUAAGAAAAUCCUUGACACACUAAUCUGUCUUUCCGUUCGACCAUUUAACAUGAAGCUCUGCAAGAGGGAGAGGAGACAUUUUAGAAGUGUUCAACAUUAAAAUUGUGAAUACAAGAUCAGAUUGCAAGGAUAAGGGGUUUUUUUCCAUCUUUUUUUUUAAAUUAUGGGAUUUUUUUUUACACUGGGCUCUUGUGAAAUUGCCAAGAAGCUUUUCAGAAGAGAAGAUCACAAAUGCUUGUGAAAUCCAGUCCUCAGUGUACACAACCAAACAUGAUAUUAAGUGGUGCAUGUAAAUGUUGAAGAAAAACAAACAAAAAACCCUUCAAAGACUAUUUUGUGCAUGCUUGUACCGUCCCUGCCUGUAUUCUAGCAUGCUUAUGUAUAACAGCCACAUUUUGUAUGUGAGUUCCAGUUACAUCAAAGAUGGGCAUUAUACAAAGCACAAA